CAAACAUAGCCCAUUAGCGCACAAGCCGGGAAGCUGGGGCAGUUGGAGCGCUUCUGGCCCCCGUGUGUCGCUGCUGCGGAGUAAACAGGCUCGGAUUCCACUCGGCAGGCAGCGGCAGGGGCUCAGGGCUGCAGCCCAUUCACGGGUAAUUUCAUGCUCUUAAAAUGGGGCAUAAAGUGGUCGUAUUCGACGUCUCUGUCAUCAGAGCCUUGUGGGAAACUCGUGUCAAGAAGCACAAAGCCUGGCAGAAGCAGGAGGCAGAAAGGCUCGAGAAAAGCGCAUUGGAAAAGAUAAAGGAGGAGUGGAACUUCGUGGCCGAGUGCAAAAGGAAGGGCAUCCCCCAGUCUGCGUACUGCAAGAAUGGCUUCAUAGACACCAGCGUGAGGCUUCUGGACAAGAUUGAAAGGAACUCCCUCGCAAGGCAGAGUGCAAUUUCCAAGGAGAGAGAGAAACGGAGCAGUGAGUUUGUGUUUGAACUUACGGGGCAGCACUGGAAGGAGCUCCCAGAUUCCUUGAAGGAGCAGACGCACCUGAAAGAAUGGCACAUAAGCAAUACCCUGAUUCAGAUCAUUCCUAAGUAUAUCGAGCUGUUUCAAGCCAUGAGGAUUCUGGAUCUGCCAAAAAACCAAAUCUCCUGUCUUCCAGCUGAAAUUGGUCGUUUGAAGAACCUGAAGGAACUCAAUGUGCGUUUCAACCGUCUGAAGAGCAUUCCUCCAGAACUGGGAGACUGUGAAAAUCUAGAGAAACUGGAUUGUUCUGGAAAUCUAGAAUUAACUGAGCUCCCCUUUGAAUUAAGUAAUUUGAAGCAAGUUUCAUUCGUAGAUAUCUCAGCAAACAAGUUUUCCAGUGUCCCGAUCUGUGUCCUGCGGAUGUCUAAUUUGCAGUGGUUGGAUAUCAGCAACAAUAACCUGAGUGACCUGCCACAAGACAUAGACAGGCUACGAGAACUGCAGACCUUUCUCCUGUAUAAGAACAAGCUGACCUAUCUUCCCUUUGCCUUGCUUAACUUAAAGAAGCUCACCUUGUUAGUCGUCAGCGGGGACCACUUGGUGGAGCUCCCGACAGCCCUUAGUGACUCAUCCACACCUUUAAAAUUUGUAAGUCUUAUAGACAAUCCUAUUGAGAAUACCCAGUGUCAAGAUGAAACGAUGGAAAGUGAACAAGAUCGCCAACAUUUUGAUAAAGAAUUUAUGAAAGCCUAUAUUGAAGAUCUUAAAGAAAGAGAAUCUGUUCCCAGCUAUGCCACUAAAGUAUCUUUCAGCCUUCAGCUUUGAUGCCAUCCAUCAGAAGACUACAGAAUUUUCCUGACUUGUGGAGCUGUAAAUCUUCCUGUUGUGGGUCAUGUCAUAGAGGAAUAAUGGCUUGUGCUUAAAGACAAAGUCUAGAAACCAUGGUCAUAGUUGUUAGGAAAGAUGAUUUUCAAAUUUCAAAUAUGUGAGUACCUCUCUCUGUGGACUGGAGAAUUGAUAAAUGGGUUUAUAUAUUGACAUUUAAAGGUUCAUUUGCAUACACUUGUUUCCAAAUCAUGCACAUUUAAUAUUUUAGAAAAUGUGUUAUUUUUUAAAAAUUAUCACUUAAAGACCAAAAUUUGAAGUUGAUUGCAUUGUUUUCAGGAAUCUGGAGAUAAAGGGAUGGUGAGAAGAGUAUUUAUACUGGACUAGUCAGAUGAGACUUUUUUAUUUUGUUAUUUUGAAAGAGUUUUAAUGCAUUAUUUCUUUUACUGAGGACAGUUUUUCUUGGGUUUAUACAAAUGGCUAUUUUCAUGUUUUAAGUUAUAUUUUACAAGUGUAGGCUUUCAGGAAAGACUUUAGGUAUAAUCUGGACCUUGAGGGCAGAAAGAAGGGCUGGAUUGUCUGCCCAGGCAUGGGGCUUAGAUGGUGUGCUGGUGUCCCUAGUGGAGCAAGUGUGGGCCUGACUGGUCCUGGGAAGCGUUGCGUGGCCUGCGUGGGUGGUCAGCCUGCCUUGGGUGGGCCCCUUGGGGGUCCUGGGAAGCGUUGCGUGGCCCGCAUGGGUGGUCAGCCUGCCUUGAGUGGGCCCCUUGGGGAUCUUGGGAAGCCUUGCGUGGCCUGCAUGGGUGGUCAGCUUGCCUUGAGUCGGCCCCUUGGGGGUCCUGGGAAGCCUUGCGUGGCCUGCGUGGGUGGUCAGCUUGCCUUGAGUGGGCCCCUUGGGGGUCCUGGGAAGCGUUGCGUGGCCUGCAUGGGUGGUCAGCUUGCCUUGAGUCGGCCCCUUGGGGGUCCUGGGAAGCCUUGCGUGGCCUGCGUGGGUGGUCAGCCUGCCUUGAGUGGGCCCCUUGGGGAUCUUGGGAAGCCUUGCGUGGCCUGCAUGGGUGGUCAGCCUGCCUUGAGUGGGCCCCUUGGGGGUUCUGGGGCACCUGCCAGAGCACAGAGCAGAGACCUUGCCUCCAGGGACCUGUCCUCCAAGGUGGCCAUAUAAGUAGUGGGAAUGACUAGUCCACACUGAUGAGGAGUCCCUAGCAAGGCUUCUCUGCAGGUACCACAGGAGAACUCUGCCUGUGGCCAAGACGCUGCGGUCCAGAGGGAGCUCAGGAGACUGGAUUUACACUGGCAAAGAAGGUAUUCAUUACAGGGCUUUGAACUUUGAUAUCACAUUGUAGGAUUUGGAGAAAUUGUACAAAUAUCUAUUUUUAUUCUAUUAUCUUGGACUAAAAUAAACAGGAUUGUGAAUGUGUUGAAGCUAAGUUUAAACAAGUAGGUUUUGUGACUAAGAUGGAAAAAAUGCAUAUCUUCACAUAUAUUUAUAUAUGAAUCGACUCCUAUAUGGUCUAGCCCAGUGGUGUCCAGUAGAACUUUAUGCAGUGAAGGAAAUGUUCUGCAUCUGUGCUGUCUAAUUUAGUAACCACCAGAUGCAUCUGCUUCUUGAGCUCUUGAACAGUGUCUGGUGUGACUGAAGAACUAAAUUUUUAAUUACAUUUAAAUUUAAAUAGCCAAGUGUAGCUACCAUAUUGUAUAACAUGGUCGAGCCAUUUGGGCUUUUCAGAAGUUAAUCUGGGCUAGAAAUGAAGAGUGAUUUUUAUUUUCUUAUCUGAAGAACCAGUCUACCCCCAGAGGGGUUAAUAGACACCCAAUAUUUUGUCUUAAUGGGUUUAAUCAUAACUCUAAAUAUUUUAUCCUCAACAGACAUAAAGCAGGCAGAACAGUCUAAAGUCACAUAGUAAUGCUUCAGUAGAGUACUGCUUCAAGUUAAAGACAAACUCUGAGAAGUAGGUUAAGAGAUGGAAAGAAUAGGAAAAUGAGAAAUCACUUCAACCGAACCUCAAACAAUUGUAUUUUUCUUUAUAACACUUUACAAAUAUAAUGCAAAUUUAUUAGUUGUACUACGUGAAUGAUUUUGGAAUUUUAUUUCAUGCUACAGUGUAUGUUACAUACAGCCAAAUGGAAAAUAUAUCUGAAAAGGGGGGAAAUGAGGACUUUCGCAUAAAUUGACUGUCCAUAGCUCAUGUAAAAUUUAUUUCAAUAAAACCAGUCUUUUGUGCAAAAACCUUAUCUCGAUGUUACAUAAAAAUAACCGAAAAAGUA